AGAGUUCAGUGGCAAAGGUUUGUCAAGCUUACAUACCAAAAUGAAGUGGUCUGUUGUUCUGCUGGCCAUCUUUGGGUUUUCAGAAUGUUUACACAGGAUCCCAUUGUACAAGGGCAAAUCUGCCAGAGAAGCUCUCAAAGAGAAAGGCCUACUGGAAGAGUUCAUGAAGAAUCAUCCCUACAACCCAUCCAUCAAGUUCAACCCUGCUUUGGCCAAGAUUACUAAUGAGCCUCUCACCAAUGACUAUGAUCUUGACUACUAUGGAAUCAUCUCCAUUGGAACACCACCCCAGUUCUUCAAGGUCAUCUUUGACACUGGCUCCUCCAACCUCUGGGUACCUUCUAUCUACUGUAAAAGCAUUGCCUGUGCAAACCACACUAAAUUUAACCCUGCUCAGUCAUCCACCUUCAGGUCCACCUCCCAGGACAUCUCUAUUGAGUAUGGCACUGGCGCAAUGAGUGGAAUCCUUGGAUAUGACACAGUUACUAUCGGUAGCAUUGUGGACACCAACCAAAUGUUUGGACUUAGUGAGGAUGAACCUGGAAGCACCUUCUACUAUGCAGAAUUUGAUGGAAUCCUUGGGCUUGCCUAUCCUUCAAUCUCUGCUUCAGAUGCAACCCCAGUCUUUGACAACAUGAUGAAUAAGGGUCUUAUCACUCAGGACCUUUUCUCUUUCUAUUUGAGCAGGAACAGUGAGACAGGCAGUAUAGUGACGUUUGGUGGAAUCGAUCCUGCCUACUACACUGGCAACAUCCAAUGGAUCCCUGUGACUUCAGAGGACUACUGGCAAAUCACUGUGCAGACCAUAAAGAUCAACGGAAAGGUAGUUGCCUGUGAGUCUGGCUGUGCAGCUAUUGUGGAUACUGGCACUUCAGCGCUUGUGGGAGAUCCCAGCAGUAUUAACAACAUUAUGUCUUUGGUAGGGAUCCACAUGGAUCAGAAUGGGCAGUACUCUGUGAACUGCAACAACAUUGGCUCAAUGCCUGAUGUCACCUUCGUCAUCAAUGGAGCUGAAUUUCCCCUCCCCGCUUCUGCUUAUAUAACGCAGACCAGCUUUGAUUGCACUUCAGGCUUCGACCCCACUGGUGACGAUGGCUGGAUCCUGGGUGAUGUCUUCAUCCGGGAAUGGUACACCAUCUUUGAUAGAGCUAACAACAUGGUCGGUCUGGCCAAAGCUGUUUAGGCCAAUCAGCCUCCUAUAAUAACAUCAAAAAUGCAUGAUCAUGAAUGGAUUCCAAAUUUAAAAAAUUAACAUUGGAUAAAUGUGUCUGUAAUUCAAUAAGCAUUAUGUUAAACUCAACUGUAACAAUGUUAACAUUGCUUUCUUCAUGAAAUCAGUCCUUGAGUAAAUAGUCAGAUAUGUAGUCCUGUCAAGAUUUUACUUAAUAAAAUAAGUAUCUACAUGUUAAAGACCAAAAGAGUGUGUGGAUUCUGAGAACAACAUAUAUUAGAGUGGAAAAGAGUAGCUUGUGUGCUGAAGACUGGCUGAUAAAGAAGUAUAACUUACUUUGACUGAAAGUGAUCACUACAUCAAAAUGUAUAUACUACGAACAAGACAAAAGAUAACAUUCGAAUUGAUCAUUGAACAAUUUGUGUAUCUGAAAAGAACUUAAAUAAAGCAUUUAAAAAGGA